UUUGCCACGUGCUCUAGCGUUGAUUGUCACGCAUCAUCGCCAGAGCCGUUUUUCAGUCUCUCUAGUUGGUUCCAUAGCAGCCUCUGGACAUAAAGGACGAAUCAUUCGGUCCAUCCAAUCCAGGAUGUGUUCAUAUGAGUCUGGUGAAACGGACACAUCGAGGAGAAUGAUCAGGGCGAAGCUGGCAGCCUGCCCUGGGGGAUCCAUCGACCUGAAUAAGUGUUGUGAGACCGGCAUUGCCACCGUGACCAUCAACAAUCCGAAGACAAGGAAUGCUUUCAGUGGCAGCAUGAUGGUCGACCUGGCAGAUGUAGUGGCUGAGCUGGAGACAUGGAGAGAUGGAAAAGGACUGUUGGUCCAUGGCGCGGGAGAGUUCUUCACCUCAGGCGGUGACUUCAACACCGUCAUGAAGCUCAUCGACCCAGUCAGUGGCAGCCUGUUCUGCGCCUUCAUGCACGACACACUAAAGAGGCUCCAUCGUCUGCCCUUGAUAAGUGUGUCUGUAAUUCAGGGGGGUGCGCUCGGAAGCGGUGCAGAGAUUGCUAUGGCGACAGACAUCCGUAUCAUGACAUCUUCAUCAUAUUUGGCUUUUGUACAAUCUCAGUUGAAGAUCUCGACCGGUUUUGGUGGAGGAACCAUCUUAACCAGACUGGUUGGUCGGUCAAAAGCUUUGGAUUUGCUCGCAAGUGGACGCCAUGUAGGCUCUGAAGAAGCUCUUAGAAUUGGCCUUGCAGACCAGAUUGUUCCGAACGGAGAAAGUGAUGUUGUUUUUGGAAAGGCCCGGCUGUCGGAAUUGACUCGAGGACCAGUAGAGGUUGUAAGGAGUACGAAAUCUGUUGUUAUGGCAGCAUCGGAGCUGUCAGUGGAGGAAUCGUUGGACAAUGAAAGGCGCGUUUUUGGAACACUCUGGGGAUCUGAGGAACAUAAGUGCAUAGUCAAAAGGUUUCUCCAAAAAUGAAAUGUCAAGUCUCAUUCUAGU